CAUUAUAUUAUUUUGGCUUCAGUAACCGAGAUUUGUAAUAUAUUUUCAUUCUAUAGAGAACGUCCGUACCCUUUUCAAAGCUGUUGGUAGCGUCCACUAGAACACCCGGGAUGGCUUUCAGACGGAUUGACUGAGCAAACAGCCAAUCAAGGUGCUUCUUCAAGGAAGCAACGGCAGAAAAAACUUUUGAGCCAAUGAAGUUCCAGAGUGGGCGUGUCUCGGUCGGGACUGAAAACAAUCAGUGAAUUGUGGGAAAUGUAGAUCUAUGUGAGACCCUUUGUUAUAGGUCAGUGAAGAGUUGAACUUCAAGUCCCAAGAUAUAGCAAAAAACCAGGACUAGCCGCAUGCGCCCUUUACGUGGGGGAGGUAAUAAAUUCACAAGCAACACUCGUCUCCGUAGCAGAAGCGAAAAGGAGUUUAGAACGGAUAGAAAUGUACUCGGUGCUGUUAAGAAAGCUAGUUGUAAACGGAGCGGAAGGAGUUAACAUUAACAGUCUCAAGUAGCAUAAUAACUAAAACGAUAGACUUGAGGUAAACGGUGGGAGUGUACAGUUAUGGAGCUGAGUAAAGACGACGCUGCUCCGGAGGCUGGCGAUAGGGGGCGCCAGAGAGACGACACGCAUAGUGUCAUCGCGGAGAAACAAGUGCAACGAAAUCCGCCGGAGUUCUGUCCCGGACUCGUCUCCGGAGACACGCACCCCAUGUGCCGCGCAAGGGAGAGGAGCGAUCCGGAGCCUAAGCCUGGCGACGCUGCCGGUGACGACGGAGACGCGACUGAAAAGACGUCCAGUAAAGCGCAGGGCGAGCGGGACCCCCGGAAUAAGAGGAGGUCCGGCUGCAGUUCCGAGGGCGCACCGGACGGCCGCCAGGGCAAGAGGAAGCAUCGGCGGCGACCGUCUAAGAAGAAGCGCCGCUGGAAGCCGUACUUCAAACUGACCUGGGAGGAGAAGAAAGAGCUGGACGAGAGGGAGAGCGCGCGCGCGUCGCGGGUCCGAGCCGAGAUGUUCGCUAAAGGUCUGCCAGUGGCUCCCUACAACACCACUCAGUUCCUGAUGGAGGAGCACGACCGAGAGGAACCCGACCUGAACACGGAGCGCUGCAACCGAAAGUCUUUCGGCGCGAGUCGGUCAGAAGACACGGCCAGCGAGGAAGACUUCGACCCUGAGGAGGACGAGGAAGAAGAAGGUGAAGGAGGAGAAGGCGGCGAGAGCGACGGCAUGGGCCGAGCUGGGGGCGCAGGGGGAGAGUUUCUGCAGCGGGACUUUUCCGAGACCUACGAGCGGUACCACGUAGAGACGCUGCAGAACAUGUCCAAACAGGAACUGGUGAGGGAGUACCUGGAGCUGGAGAAGAGCAUGUCGCGCCUGGAGGAGGAGAACAACUGGCUGCGGCUCGCGCGGAGAAACCCGGCGGCUCCGGGCGAGAGCGCGCAGCGCGUGCACGAGCUGGAGAGCGAGCUGGAGAGACUGAGAGCGCUGAACAGCGAGCUGCUCUUUCACAGCCACCAGCACACCGCGGCACGCGCCGUCAACGGCUCUACCGCCUCACAGCCCGAGAAGGGACACGCCGAGGGUUCGGGCUCACAGUGACGGACACACAUUCGACAUCUUUCCUUGUUUCUUUUAUCAUUAUUAUUUUCCUCCUGAUUUAUUAUUGUCCGUUGAUCUUAUCCGUUGUCUUACUGUAAAGCUACGGUAGUUAAUAAUGUGAUGUGCUUUUCGGCCAGAAAGGUAACGUUCAUGGUUUGUUUUGUUUUUCUGACAAGUUUUAAAUAUUGAAUUUGUGUGUGGGGUCCCAUUAAAAAUGGUUAGUUCAUUGUAAAGUAGGUUAGUUUUUUUUUGCACACGUGACUGGAUUUAUAAAAAAGAGAAGAGGGGAAAAAAGGACUAUUUUGGUUUUAGAGUUAAUACUUCUGGAUCAGUUACGUGUUCAUACUGCACGUAGGGGGGGGGGAACAACAUAUUGUCAUACACACGUUUGUAAAGUUUCCCAUAAAACGUGUUUUUUGUCCCAUCAAUCCCGGUAAAUGAGCUGUUUGGUAUUUUUCUGCUGGUGCACCUGAUAUUCUGCUUUACAUUUAUUAAUGCAUGACCAAGGCAGUAUGUGGGCUAAUAAAACUGUGGAAAACCGUUA